AUGAUCAGAAACGAGGGGAGGGGAGCUUAUUCUGACAACAAUUCUGAUACAGAAAGCAUAGCAAGCGACAGGGCAGCCUUUAGUGGGCCUUUAGGAUCAGGAGGAGGAGCACCUCUCACUAAAAAACAUUCUUCCAAGAAGAGCGCGAGGUUCAAUAUUCCUCCUGAAACCACUACAAAUUCCAGUGUUCCUGACGAUCCAUCUUCCUAUGUAGAGAUUACUUUGGAUAUUCAUGAUGAUUCUGUGGCAGUUCACAGAGUUCAGGGAGCUAAUGAGGAUCCCGAAUUGACUUUGCUGGCGAAGACAGCGCUGGAGGGGAAUAAUUCCUCCUCGCUGCGGUCUUCGUUGUUUAGGAACACAUCGUCCAAAAUCAGGCAGGUCUCUCAGGAGCUAAAACGUUUUACUUCCUUAUCAAGAAGGUCAUCCAGAGCUCGAAGGUUUGAUAGGAAUAAGUCAGCAGCGGCUCAUGCCUUGAAGGGACUUAAGUUCAUUACCACCAAAACUGGAAAUGGAUGGCCUGCUGUUGAGAAGCGAUUUCAAGAAUUUACUGCUUCUACUAAUGGCCUACUUCCAUGUUCCUUGUUUGGCGAAUGCAUAGGCAUGAACAAGGACUCCAAGGAAUUUGCGGGUGAAUUAUUUCGUGCACUUGCUCGGAGAAAUAACAUCAAUGGUGAUUCAAUUAACAAGGCACAGCUUAGACAAUUCUGGGAUCAGAUUGCCGAUGAAAGCUUUGACUCCAGGCUCCAAACUUUCUUUGACAUGGUCGAUAAAGACGCUGAUGGAAGAAUAACAGAAGAAGAAGUGUUGGAGAUUAUCAGUCUAAGUGCUUCUGCAAACAAGCUCUCCAACAUUCAGAAACAAGCUAAGGAAUAUGCAGCGCUAAUUAUGGAAGAAUUAGACCCAGAUAAUUCUGGAUAUAUCAUGAUUUAUAACUUAGAAACACUACUAUUGCAAGCACCUAACCAGUCCGUCAGAGUUACCGAUAGCCGAAUUCUGAGUCAAUUAUUGAGCCAAAAGCUGAAGCCUACCCAAGAGAACAAUCCAUUAAAGAGAUGGUACCAAAAAGUCAAGUACUUUUUGACGGAUAACUGGCAGAGAGUUUGGAUAAUGAUAUUGUGGAUGGGAAUCGUUGGUGGUUUAUUUGCUUACAAGUUCAUACAAUAUCGGCACAGGGAAGCCGCAUAUAACGUAAUGGGCUAUUGCGUUUGCGUUGCCAAAGGAGGGGCAGAGACCCUUAAAUUCAAUAUGGCCUUGAUUUUACUACCAGUCUGCCGGAACACCAUUACUUGGCUCCGAAACAAGACCAAAUUGGGUGUAGCUGUGCCUUUUGAUGACAAUCUAAAUUUCCAUAAGGUUAUUGCAGUAGGAAUUGCCAUUGGAGUUGGAUUACAUGCAGGGGCUCAUAUAGCAUGUGAUUUUCCGCGAAUUCUUCACGCCACUGAAGACGAAUACGAGCAAUUGAAACCUUACUUUGGAGAUGACCAACCUGAAAACUACUGGUGGUUUUUGAAAGGCGUGGAGGGGGUCACGGGCGUUAUAAUGGUAGUGCUAAUGGCCAUAGCAUUCACAUUAGCCACGCCUUGGUUCCGGCGGAACAGGCUCAACCUGCCUAAACCUCUCAAGAAACUCACUGGCUUCAAUGCAUUCUGGUAUUCUCACCAUCUGUUCGUUAUUGUCUACACUCUCCUCGUUGUCCAUGGAAUUUACCUCUACCUCACAAAGACAUGGUAUCAGAAAACGACAUGGAUGUACCUAGCGGUGCCGGUUAUCCUUUAUGCAUGUGAAAGGUUGAUCAGGGCUUUUAGAUCAAGCAUCAGAGCCGUUAAGAUUCUCAAGGUUGCCGUCUACCCAGGAAACGUCCUGGCGUUGCACAUGUCCAAGCCCCAAGGCUUCAAAUACAAGAGUGGGCAGUACAUGUUUGUCAACUGCGCUGCAGUUUCUCCAUUUGAAUGGCACCCAUUUUCUAUCACUUCAGCACCAGGAGAUGACUACCUGAGCGUGCACAUUCGAACACUCGGUGAUUGGACACGACAACUCAAAACUGUUUUCUCUGAGGUUUGUCAGCCUCCACCUGCUGGGAAGAGUGGAUUACUCAGAGCUGAUAUGCAAGGAGGAAGCUAUCCUAGCUUUCCCAAGAUAUUAAUCGACGGUCCAUUCGGAGCUCCAGCACAAGACUACAAGAAAUACGAUGUGGUGCUUCUAGUGGGGCUAGGCAUUGGAGCCACACCUAUGAUCAGCAUUGUUAAGGACAUCAUCAAUAACAUGAAACUCGACAAGGAUGAGGAGGAUAAUGGAGUAUUAGAGGGUUUAGAAAGUGGCAGAGUAACACCCAAUAAGAACAAAAUUAGUAGCAAGAGUAAUUUCAAAACAAGAAAAGCAUACUUCUACUGGGUUACAAGGGAACAAGGUUCAUUCGAGUGGUUCAAAGGGAUAAUGAACGAGGUGGCAGAAAUGGAUGACAAGCAGGUGAUAGAAUUGCACAACUAUUGCACUAGUGUAUACGAAGAAGGGGAUGCAAGGUCAGCCCUCAUCGCUAUGCUCCAGUCAUUACACCAUGCCAAAAAUGGCGUGGACGUGGUUUCAGGCACAAGGGUCAAAUCCCACUUUGCCAAACCCAACUGGCGACAAGUCUACAAGAAAAUCGCACUCCACCAUCCAGAUGCUCGAAUUGGAGUUUUCUACUGUGGGGCACCAGCACUCGCAAAGGAGCUAAGGCAACUAGCUUCAGACUUCUCUCGCAAGACCUCUACGAAGUUUGAUUUUCAUAAAGAGAACUUCUAA